AUGGUCUACACUAUCGUCGUCCACCUCCAAUCCCUCCCCGAGGCCGUCCAGGAGAUCAAGGCCAAGCUCAAGGAAGCGUCUGAGAUCUACCAGAAAGACAAAGAGACUAUCGACUGGUAUGUGAUGCAAGACCCCAAGGACGAGACCAAGUUCUGUAUCGUCGAGCGGUACGAGCAAGAAUCGUCUCAGCAGUACCAUCUCAACAACCCUACUUUCGACCCCUACGUCGUGCCCCGUCUCGCCAAGCCCAUGGACCUCACCCGGUGGGAGGAGCUCUAA